AUGGUAUUAGAGUCAACACUGACAAAUGCUCAAGAAGAGCUUGCGGCUUUGAAAAGUUCAGGAAGUAGAUAUGACCCUGCAGAUCAUGAGGUUAACUUGGAAGCUAUCAGGUCGCAAGCAAUUUCUAUUGGUGAAGUUGGUGUGAAUUUGACUCCAUUCCAAAAGGACUUAAUCCUUAAAAAGUUGAAUUUUGAUUCUUUAGAUACUUUGGAAGACUUGCCUGUUGCCGUGAUCUUCAUGAUUGAAAAGAUACAGAACAUACAGGUUAAUGAUGCUGUUGAUAUUUUGAAGGAAACUCUAUUGAUUCAUAAUGGUGAUCCAAAUUUUCCGCUUGAAGAUUACGACUUCAUCCAGAAAUUACUUGAAAACAGCGGGCAACCCGUAGUUCACAGUAUCGAUGUUGCAUUAAAUGAAAUUGAAACUGAAAAAAUUCAGACUCCUCCUGUGGAAGAUGCUGAAAAGACGGCGAGGAUUGAUGCGUCGUCCCUUUCAGACCAGGAAGCUUCAGCUUCAAGGAAGAUCGAUACUCAUAAAAUUGUGGACUGGGACUUGCAAAUUAGAUUGGAAGCUGCCGUCAUUUCAUACUGGUCUCCAUAUCCUGAAGUUAGAGCUGUAACUGAUCCAUUCGAUGAUCCUUCCAUUCCAUGUGAAACAUUCAGAGCAUACCUCUGCGCUCUCAUUUGGACUGUAAUUGGAUCUUUUGUUAAUGAGUUUUUCUAUCAUAGAAAUCCUCCAAUCUCUUUAGAAACUUCUGUCAUCCAAUUAUUUUUGUAUCCAUCAGGUAAAUUAUGUGAAUAUAUCUUUCCUAAAUGGGGAUUCACGAUUCCAUUACCAUAUAUGGAUAACAUUGAAGUCGAAUUAAAUCCAGGACCUUGGUCAUCAAAAGAACAACAGUUUGCUUCGAUCUUUUAUGCUGUGUCUGCUGUUACUCCAUACGUCGACUCCAAUAUUUAUGUACAAAAAUUAAAGGUCUUCUACGGUGAUACGUGGGUCACUUUUGGUUUCCAAGUCUUACUUAUUUUGUCAACUCAGUUUAUUGGGUUUGGUCUUGCAGGUUUAUUGAGAAAGUUUACAAUCUAUCCUGUGAAAGCAAUGUGGCCCACUAUUUUGCCUACUUUGGCUUUGAACAGAGCCUUAGUUAAUCCUGAAAGAAAGGAAAAUAUUAACGGUUGGACAAUUUCAAGAUAUAGAUUUUUCUUCAUUACUACCGCUGCUUCAUUUGUGUAUUUUUGGUUUCCAGACUUCAUUUUCCAAGCUUUAUCAACUUUCAACUGGAUGUGCUGGAUCAAACCAGAUAAUUUCAAUUUAGCAAAUAUCACUGGUAGCGGAAUUGGAAUGGGUUUGAAUCCGAUCACAACUUUUGAUUGGAAUGUUAUUAACUUCAAUUAUGCCUUAACAGUUCCAUGGUUUUCGCAAUUCAAUCAAUACAUUGGAAGUAUCAUUGGAUUUUUUGCUAUUAUCGCUGUGUACUAUAGCAACAAAUGGUGGACGGCUUAUUUACCAAUGAAUUCCAACUACUUGUUCACUAACACAGGUGAAUACUAUGACACUUCCCAGGUAAUUGGUGCUAAUAACGAUUUGGAUGAAGAUUUGUAUAAGGCAUAUGGACCAGCUUACUUUUCUGCUGCAAACAUUGUGGUUUACGCAGGCUUCUUUAUGCUUUACCUUUUCAGUUUCUUUUAUCAAAUUAUAAUUGACUGGAGAGGAAUGUAUGCGUCUAUGAAAGAUCUAAUCAAGGGAUUCAAAGACUUCAAGAAGCCAAUUUAUGAAAACUUUACCGAUCCUCAUUCGAGAAUGAUGAGUAAAUACAAAGAAGUUCCUGACUGGGUCUAUCUUGUUGUGUUAUUGAUCUCUUUCGUGUUGGGUAUACUUUGUGUUGAGUUGUUUCCAACUCAAACUCCAGUCUGGGGUAUAGUAUUUGCAGUGGUGUUGAAUUUCGUGUUUUUGGUUCCAAUUACUUCGUUAUUUGCAACAACUGGAUUUCAAUUUGGUUUGAAUGUAUUGGUCGAAAUUUGUGUUGGUUACAUGUUCCCAGGUAAAUACUUACCCUUAAUAACAUUAAAGGCUUUUGGUUACAACACCGGUGGACAAUCUUUAGCUCUUAUCGAAGACAUGAAAUCUGCUCACUAUGUAAAGAUCCCACCAAGAGCAUUGUUCAGAGGUCAAAUGAUUUCUACUUUCGUAUGUGCAUUUAUGACACUCGCAACAAUCGGCUUCGAAAUCGGUGGAGGAGUGAAGGAUCUUUGCGAUCCAGAUCAAAGUAAUGGAUUCUCGUGUCCUCAAGAAGUUAUUUAUUAUUCAUCUUCAAUCCAAUAUGGUCUUAUUGGGCCAAGAAGGUUCUUUGAUCAAGAAUAUCCAAUUUUGAGGUAUUGUUUCCUUAUCGGGUUCUUGUUAGUUCCAUUUGCAGUUGCAUUUAAGUGGUACGGCCCAAGGAAGCUUGCAGCAGGAUUCCAACCAUCAGCAAUGAUCGGUGGUAUUUUAAUCUAUGCUCCUUAUAAUUUGGCUUACUAUACCCCUGGACUUUAUGCUUCAUUCGCCUUUAUGUACUACAUCAAAAAGAAGUACACAACAUGGUGGGAAAAGUACAAUUAUGUUUUGUCGGGAGCUUUACAAGCCGGGGUUGCAUUUAGUGCGAUUAUUAUAUUCUUCUCUGUGCAAUAUACCAAUGUGGAUCUCAGCUGGUGGGGCAAUAAUGUUCCUUAUGCUGGUGUCGAUGGAGGCAGCGGUCAGCAGUCAUUAAAGAAUGUGACCGUCGAUUUAGCAGAAGGAUACUUCGGUCUUAAAUGGGGAACAUUCGAUUAG